CAGCAGCUCCAGCAAGAGCUCCAGAACCAGCGAUCAGAGAUUACCUCCCUGCGCGACAGCGUCGCCCAGCUCCAGCUCCAGCUUCAGUCCCGCCAGCACCCGAACGACGCUCAGACGCGAGUCCGAGUGCGCCUACCAGACCCGCCCAAGUUCGACGGCAAACCGCACACGCUGCGCACAUGGUUACCGUCUAUCCAAGCUAAACUCUAA